UUCAUGGACCAUUUAAAAUAAGUAUAAAAUAUUUCAAAUCAAAGGUAUAUAAACAAAUCAGAGGGUUUGUCACUUUGAUUUAGGUUUUAUUACAAUGCUAUACCGCCGGUGCAGCGUCACCAUGGCACCCAACACUUCCUCGCACUACACCAGGGAUAACCUGCCCUCUCCCGUCCAGUACGCGCUGCCGAGUCCAGCCCCACGCCCGGCCCGGCACGGCACGGCACGGCACGGCACGGCGCGUCCCGACGCAAGUCCGCGUCGCCGCUCCCGCAGCCCAAUGGUAGGAGGCUGAGUGUGCGAGCAAGGCCGGAGGAAGAUGGCGGCGCCCGUCCUGAAAGUGUCCACUCCCCGGUGGGAAAGAAUAGCCCGGCUUCUGGUUUGUAUCUUGGGCAUCCUGAUUUCAUUUUACGCCUACCACGUAGAAACGGAAAAGGAGAGGGAUGCGGGCUAUCGGGCCAUGUGCGACGUGAGCGACUCUGUCAGCUGCUCCAAAGUGUUCACCUCCAGAUGGGGUCGAGGAUUUGGGGUGCUGGGCUCCAUCUUUGGUAACGCCAGUGCAAUGAACCAGCCAAACAGUGUCUAUGGGCUUGCGUUUUAUGGGUUUCAAAUGUUACUGGGCAUGACUGUGAGUGCAAUGGCGGCUCUUAUCUUAAUGACCACCUCCAUCGUGUCAGUCCUGGGCUCCCUGUAUCUGGGAUACAUACUGUACUUUGUCCUGAAGAACUUCUGCAUUCUCUGCGUCACCACGUACGUGCUGAACGUCAUUCUCUUCAUGCUCAACUACAAGCGACUGGUUUACUUGAACGAAGCCUGGAAGCAGCAGCUCUACACGAAGCAGGAGUAAAUAUGACCGCUGCACUUUGACUUGCCACGUUGAGAACUUGCUUCUCUGUUUGUUCUGCAGCAAAAAAAAAUAAAAAUCAAUACUAAUCACAGUUUUUUUCAGAGGGGAUUGGAGAAAUAGAAGUACAAACGAAGAUAACAAAAAUGUUAAUUUUUUUUUUAAACCCCGACGGUCUCUUCUUUCUUUCCAAUGGGUUAUAAGCAGAGGAUCUGAGCUCUGGACCGACAAGCUUUAACUGUACUUUGCAUUGGACUCUGAGGAAAGCCCAAGCUCUCAAAAUUGAACUUUUAAACCGUUUACUUGAAAGAAAUACGAAAACCAGUUCCUGUAUUCCUGAGCUGUACUGUGACAUACAAGAAAAUAAUUAUGAAAAAAAAAAAAAGCAUGAUCGCAAAGUUCCUGUCCAGUUCACAAAUUUCGAAUACAAGAGUUAUAAAAACUUUCUAUGUUUACAAUAUGUUUUAAAAAGGACCACUAAUAAUUAAUAGGAGCUAACAGGUGGCUUAUUAGUCUAGGUCUGUCUUGUGUUUUUCAGACAAGUUGGCUUCCUUCUGCAUUGUGUAAAUAGCUGCUAUUAAGUGUUCCAGAAGGUAGAAGGUCUUUAUGUUUUAGUGUUUAAAACUGGACUGCACCCGUCCCAAUCUGGGAGAAUUGCAAAAGCUGUAUUCCUUACUGUGCUAAUGUGUUCCCAUCAGUGAAUCAUGGGGGAAAAAAAAUCUGUGCUGGGUGAACCUGGUAAAAAAAAAAAAAAAAAAAACAAAAAAAAAACCCACCCUUAUAUUGACAGGUUAAGCCACAGGGUCAAAUGGAACCCAUGUUCAGCCACUUUAAAAGGUGUAAGUUCUUUUGAAAAGCGAUGUUAAAAUAAGACACCUUUUUAAACAUGUUUAACGCUUUCCUGAGAAAUGAUGGCUGUUUAAUAGGCCUAACACCAGUAAUAGCCAUCUAACUUUAAAAUCUUGGGACUAGGGUAUUCAGAAUAGGGGUUGGAUCUUCUAGAAGCCAGGUGAAGCCAAUUUUUAGCAGCUGAUCAGUUGUAGGAUGGUGGUAUACUGUAGAAACUUUAUUUUAUUUUUUAAGAUUGUUGAUAAAAUGUAUAUGAUAAAGGACCAAGUUGGACAGUUGUUCUGGCAAUUAAAUGAUGUUAUUGUUACUGUGCUAACCCUUUAGAGCCUAAGCCUGUGGGCUCCUGCCUAAGUAGAUUUUCCGAGUAAAUCCUCCGCCCUUUUCUAUGAUCGCAAUGCUGUGCCUGUUGAUGAUAAUAUCUCAUCAGUAACGUCACACGCUCAAUCACAAUAAUCACCAGAGUUAAGUGAAGUAGACAUUUUGGCUCAUGCCUCGAGCAAGGGUGAUAAUCACUACAAAACGAGGGCUUAGAUUCGACAGCAGGUGUUUUAUGAAUGGACAUGAUGGGUUACAACAAAAGAUCUAAGGUGUGAAUCGAUGGGGAAUGAAUGCAUACUGUCUGCUGCACUUCAGUACUACAUAUCUUCAAGUAAUAACAGCCAUGGUAUCCGGGAGAUGUUAAGGUUGUAAUUUGUUACGUGUUUGAACUUUUAAAAUGAAAUUUAAAAAGAAAUCGCUAGAAAGUUUCAACGUUGCCCUAUUUGGAAUGUUUUUAAUCAGUCUGGUUCUAUGGAAGAAAAGCUGAAAGCUCUUGAAAGAUGUUUAAGAAGCAGGUAGAUGUGGCUGCAGCGUGUGUUUGCUUGACACUGUUGUCAAAGUCAGAAGACAAGCUAUAGGAUUCAUAUGUUUUUAAUAUGGCGUCGCUGUCUUUAUAGCGACUUCUUAACAAACAACAAAAACUGUGACCAAGGUAACUGAUGGUUUUGGGCAUUUUAAAUUAAAUAUUUAAACAUAGUUUUAAUUAUAAUUUUUUAUAGCUAUAAGGACAUUGGUGCCAUAAUUAAUAUUCAGUCCUAUGGUAAGGCAUUAAUACUUCUCAUGCCUAUUUUUGACUGGUUAAAUGGUUUAGCAAAAUUUCAAACGUGUAACACUUAGCUAAUGAGGGAGUUAUGCAAAACUUUCUGGGAAAACAAACCCUCUGCUUCACUUGGCUUGAAGCAAUACAGCAAGUCCCCCCUUUUUUUUUUCUUUCAAACUUGACAAUGACUAAUUCCUAUACAUUCUGUAGAGCUGUGCUGCAUCUGGGAGUGUUUUCACACCAUCCCUCUAGUCUAGACCACAAGCUAUUGAUGCCAUUAAUAUAGAACCUCUAUGUGACCAUUAAAGAGAGCUGGUGGCAGCUACGGCCUGAGUACCAUAUAGCAAAGAAACAAGCACUUGUUUAGCAAAAUGGUUGUGUUCUGAUAGCCCAGGCUUUGUCUUGCCUCCUUUUGUGUCGUCGUUUGUUUUUUUGGGGGGAACCCCACUUGUACCCUCCCACAAGUUUGAUGGAAGUUGUGCUCUCCCUAUUGUCUUCCCAUCUGACCCCACAUAGUCUCCUCAGUGCAGCCUGAAUCGUGAGUGCAAGGCUCGGGGGAAGUCCUGUUGCCUGUACAAGUGAACAGAGCGGUGCAGCAGGAUAAAGCUGGCUUCACCCAAGUGAAAAUACAAGCUGGAAAACCAUGGACCUGUGAGAGCGCUCUGUGUUGUGAAAGCAUUGAUUAUUACACCCUUUCCCAUUGCAGCUCAAGGUAGAAACUGAUUUAUAUCAUGUUUGGGUUAUUAAUCUCUUGUCUGCGGUACUAGCAGCCUGUUUUCAUAAACGGGCUUGUCUGUGUUGUGUGUUGUUGAUGAACAAUCAUGAAUCAAUUCCUACAGCAUUUCAUUUCAGUAAUGCCUAACACCAGUUCUAUAUUCUUAUUGCUAUCGUUAGGGUGGUGUGUCAGCGUAUUGCAAAUGUUGUUGCAUGUUUUGUACAUUCAAAUUGUCCAAUUGCAUCAUCCCGGCAGAAAAAUGGACCAAUAAAUUCAGCCCAGGGCACAGCUAGUGUUAAAUGUCUGUAUCUUCUGUUACAUCGUCGACGUUUUUAUUGGAAGAAAACGAAAACCUGUUCAACAAUCCCUAGAACGUAAAGCUGAUUAUUAAAUGUGACACGAAAGUGCCUUCUGUUGAGCACCAGGCCUUCAAUAGGCCAGUCCUCCAUUUUAUUAAACGGUAAAACGCGACUGGCGUGCUUGCCUGCCUGUUGUGUGUUUUGGGUUAUUUUAAAGUCUCUUGAAUAGGUCUGUAGGUUUGACGUGAAAUAAACAGCCUUUGGCUUUCUGUUGUAACAGUUAAAGGUGCUGCGGCAUCUUCGGCAGUCUUUGUAUACAGAAUGUUUUUUUUUUUUGUUUCCCCGCCCACCAAAUAAGGACAUUUUCUGAAUUUACUGAUAUGUUUUUAUUUUAAAUAUCUUAACUUAUUUUUAUUUUAUUUUUUUGGGGUGUUUGCACACUCUGAAAACAGUUUUUACACUGAUUUGUGUUUUAUUUAUACAGCGUGUGUUUUUUUUUUGUUUGUUUGUUUCCAGAAGAAGCUUCCCC